AUGAUCUACCAGUCGCAGAAUCCCAAGAUCUCAUUCUCCCCCAAGCAAACUGUUUGGUCAUGGCUUCUGGAGUCCAAGCCUCUUUCCUCUGAUCGCAAUGCCCCAGGCUUUACUGACGCUAUCACCAAAGAGCACAUCAGCUUCCAAUCUCUCAAAGACUACGCAAUAACCUUGUCAUCGGCUCUUGUUACCAACUACAACCUUGGUGAAAAUAACACUGUUGUAGUGUUUGCGAAAAACUCCAUUUGGUAUCCUGUAGCGACACUUGCUGCCGUUCGGGUUGGAGCAGUAGCUUGCGGCGUGUCACCCGAGUACACCAUCGAUGAGUUUUAUUACAGUCUCAAAACGAGCAAAGCAAAAGUUAUCUUUGCGACGGCUGAUAAUUUCGAUGUAGCCCGUGCUGGAGCUAAAAAGGCGGGGAUCGCGCCAAAGAAUAUUAUCUUGCUCCAAGGUUCCAGGCAAGGCAUCACGAGUAUCCAAGAGAUAAUCGACGCUUCGAAGGCUCUUAUUGAGGCACCUGCACUCCAAGUCGCCGACGGAAAGACAAAUAUGGAUAUUUGUGCUUUUCUCUGCUUCAGCAGUGGUACUACGGGCCUUCCCAAGGCAGUCAUGAUCUCGCACGCCAAUAUUAUAGCCCAAUGCAUCCAAACCGCGGAUAUCACGCUCGCUACCCACAAUCGAGUUCUGGCAGCCUUGCCGUUUCAUCACAUUUCGGGUAUAAUACAUCAACUACACCUACCUAUUCACCGAAAUGUCAAUGUUUAUGUCUUAUCCAAGUUCACCCUGGACUUGCUGCUCAAGACUGCCUCUGAGUAUAAGAUCAGAGAACUUGUCGUUGUUCCUCCGAUAUUGAUAAGACUAGUGCGAGAGCCGGAGCUUGUUUCGACGUAUGAUCUAUCUCACGUUGAGCGAUUCUCAUCGGGCGCAGCACCUCUGUCUCGAGAGAUUUUGACUCUUCUCGAGAAGACUUUCCCCGGGACCGGUUUCAAGCAGGGCUACGGUAUGACCGAGUCGUGCUCAACAAUUACAUCGCAUCCCCCCUCCAAGUAUGCUUAUAAAUAUGCCCAUCGCGUUGGUAUGCUGGUAGGAUCAACAGAGGUACGAAUUGUGGAUAUCGAAACUGGUGAGGACUGUCAAGUUGGCAAGGCAGGUGAGAUUUGGGCUCGUGGGCCACAAAUCGCUAUGGGCUAUCUUGACAACCUCGAGGCAACCGAAAGCACAUUCGACAAGGAUGACUUUUUGCAUACUGGCGAUAUAGGCUACUUCGAUGAUGACGGGAUGCUGGCUAUCACUGACAGGCUAAAGGAGAUAAUCAAGGUCAAAGGCGUUGGAGUUGCCCCAGCAGAGCUCGAGGGCCUUCUUCUCGGACAUCCAUGCGUCGAUGAUGUUUCUGUGUGCGGUAUUCCCGAUGAGCGAGCAGGUGAAAGGCCCAAGGCGUUUGUAGUUCUCAAGCAUUCUGAAAUGUCGAGACCGGUUGAAGCUGCAAAGGAGAUAUUUGACUAUGUUAGGAAGGAAAAGGCGCGACAUAAGUGGCUUAAGGAGAUUGAGUUUGUGUCUAUAAUACCGAAGAGCCCGGCUGGUAAGAUUUUGAGGCGGAAGCUGCAAGGUCCGGCUUUAAGUGGUGGUGGGAACGUGGUAGUUAGAGACCCUAGAGUUGUAGCUAAGCUGUAG